AUGAAUAACACAACAAUAAACAAGGAUGCAUUGCUUGAACAGCUUAAUAACAAAAAAGCAGUUCUGAUGGUACCUGCUUUUGUGUAUUUGGUGGUUUUAAUGCUGGCUGGAAUAAUUGGCAAUGUUUUAAUUUGCUACUACUACGGUUUCAAAUCGAGAAGAAGUUCGGAUAAUAUGUUUAUUCUCAGUGUUGCGAUGUACGAUCUUAUUUCAUGCACUUUGUCCAUUCCGAUUGAAAUUGUGGACAUAAGAUUCUUCUGCAAUUUCCCUUACGCCGGUGCAUGUAAAGUUAUGAGAUUUGUGAACUACUUUGCGGCAAUUGGAAGUGCCUUUACGCUAAUAGUCAUUGCUAUUGACAGGUACAGAAAAAUUUGCAGACCAUUCAAGAAGCAGUUCAGAAGUAAAGAGGCUAAAAUAGCAUGUGGAAUUUCUAUACCGUUUUCGUUGUUGCUGUCCUGGCCUGCAACAGUAUUCUACACGUCUGUACCUGUGGAUGUAUUGACAGAGGAUGGCAUCGAGCUGCAAGGCUUUGACUGCACAACUACAAAAGAAGCCUCAUACAAAAUAUAUCUGUGGAUUUUCAAUGGAUUUUUUCUCCUUUGUUUCAUAAUUUCGACUUUCAUUCUUUUUGUGUUGUACGGUCUUGUUGGAAGAGCUAUAUAUAAACACAACAAAUCACAAAUUAAGUACACUCGACCAAAAUCGUCAAUCUCCCAUACCGUCGAAAGUCAUGUAACCGAUAACAACAGUCCAAAUGUAAACGUAAACAAAAGAAAGACAAAUGGUGAAACAGAAGGUGUCGGUGAAGCUCAUUCUACCAGAAGUGAAAUUCACACUAAAAUCGUUCCUAACAAACCAAACGAACAUGCUAGCAUCAAAACUAUGAAAUUUACAACAGUAAUGUUUGUAAUAACGACAGUAUUUAUUGUUAGCUUUUUGCCACACCUGGCUUUGUCGCUGUGGUUAGCCUUCCAAGGCACAUAUGACUGGGAAACUCUUUCUGGUUUAGUUGCCCUUCAAAUUGGUCUGCGAUCAUAUUUUCUGAAUUCAGCGAUUAAUCCUUUAACCUACGGAUUUUUUAACUCGAAAUUUCGAGCAUUUUUCUACAUGACGUUCUGUCCAUGUUGUAAAAGGUUAACUGAUAGGCGCACGGUUUCCUCGAGCUCUGGCACUCUAUGA